AUGCUUCGCGAGGACUUUUUGUGGGGUUUCGCCACCGCUGCCGCCCAGGUCGAGGGCGGUGGUGAGGAGCAGGAGCUUGCCAGCGGCAAGGGCCCUUCCAUCUGGGACUGGUUCUGCGAGAAGCCCGGCAAGAUUCUUGACGGCGCCAAGGUCAACAAGACCUGCAACUUUAUCGACAACUACAAGGCCGACCUUGCUCUCAUGAAGUCGCUCGGUGUCAACUCGUACCGCUUCUCGAUCUCGUGGCCCCGUAUUGUCCCCAAGGGCGGCAAGGACGACCCCGUCAACGAGCAGGGCGUCAAGUUCUACUCGGACGUCAUUGACGAGUGUCUCCGCCUGGGCAUCACCCCCUUCGUCACCCUGUACCACUGGGACCUCCCCCUCGAGCUCUACCAGCGCUACGGCGGCUGGCUCAACAAGGAGCGUGCCGUUGAGGACUAUGUCCGCUACGCCAAGGUCUGCUUUGACGCCUACGGUGACCGCGUCAAGCACUGGCUCACCUUCAACGAGCCCUUUGUUGUUGCCAUCCACGGCCACUCGUUCGGUGUCUUCGCCCCCGGCCACACCUCGAACACUGAGCCUUGGAUCGUGGCCCACACCCUCCUUGUCGCCCACGCCACGGCCGCCAAGGUCUUCCACGAUGAGAUUGCCCCCAAGCACGGCGGUGUCAUUGGUAUCACCCUCAACGGUGACUGGGCCGAGCCUUGGGACCAGACGCCCGAGAACAUCAAGGCUGCCCAGGACAAGAUGGACGUUGCCGUCGGAUGGUUCGCCGACCCCGUUUACCUUGGCGACUACCCCGAGUCGAUGAAGCAGAUGCUCCAGGGCCGUCUUCCCGAGUUCACCGCCGAGGAGAAGGCGCUCCUCAAGGGCUCGUCCGACUUCUACGGCUGCAACUUCUACACCACCAACAUGAUCAAGGCCGGCGCCGACGACGAGACCAACGGCAACACCCAGCUCCUCUUCACCCGCCCCGACGGCUCGUACAUUGGCCCCGAGUCGGCUCUUGACUGGCUCCGCGACGUCCCCUGGGGCUUCCGCAAGCACCUCAACUACCUCUACAAGCGCUACCAGAUGCCCAUCUACAUCACCGAGAACGGUUACGCUUGCAAGGGCGAGAGCGACAAGCCCGCCGAGGAGGCUAUCCACGACACUGACCGUGUCAACUACUACAAGGGCUACCUCGGUGCCGUCCAGGACGCCGUCAACGACGGUGUCGACAUCCGCUCGUACUACGCCUGGUCGUUUGUCGACAACUUCGAGUGGGCCUCGGGUCUCGUUCCCCGCUUCGGCUGUGUGCGCUGCGACUACGACACCUUCAAGCGCACCCCCAAGGACUCGUCCAAGUUUGUUGGCGAGUUCUUCGACAGCCACAUCCCUAAGAAGGAGGCUUCGGCUUAA